AUGACGACUGGCUGUAUGAGGUCAACCCUGGAACCUGAACAUCGACUGACGACACAGGAGAGCAAACAUUACCAGGAGGCCCUGGAGAGCCUGGAGGACAGGAAGUCAGAGAUAAAGGAUGACAAGGAGGAGGGCAUCUGUGCUGAGAACCAAGAGGAGGACCAGCUGAAGAAACCUCGGAGGAAGGACACACCUGUCCUCAACUCCCCUCCACAUAUACCAGGAGUAAGACUGAUGAAGGCAGAGAAGCAGAUGGUCCACUUAGAGGACGAGGAGAAGGAUGUGAAGGAUUAG